AUGAUUUUGCUUGUGACGCAACAUAGAGCUUUUUCAAGACUACGCAUGGAAAGGGAGCAUGCGGUAUCGGUGCUGAAGUUACACGAGCUGUGGCGAGCCAUCCUCCAAGGGAAGAAUGUUAUCAACGGCGCUGGAGAGUUCCAUGCCACUGCCUAGAGAAUCUGUAGAAAGGUCAAUGUCCUGCAUGUUCUGGAAAAGAAAGUUAGGGAGGUAGGACAGACACUCCAAGAAAGAUGGGAAAGACCCAAGGUCAUCCCACACACCAAUGCUCUCCAUUAUGCAGAAAGAGCAAGUGAUACGCACAUCAAGGUGGCUAAGAAUUCCCCAUUUCAAGCACCAUCUCCGUUCGAAUUCGAAGCGUAUCGCUUACUUUAA